AGAAAAAGGUAUGUAAUUGAUUGUCCAUAAAAGGGAAAAAUUCAGUUUGAAAUUCAUUUUAAUCCCUUCCUUCGUUGAACAGUUAGCCAGCAGGAGAAGCAGCCAUUUCUCUCUCCCAUUCUCUUAGUUUUUCUGAAAACACCAAAACUUCAGACCCUGGAACCCCCCAAAAAGGGGGGAUGGUGAAGACGAUGAGGAAGAAGAUCAAGAUCAAGAAGAUUGACUACUUGCCUGCAAGGCAGGUGACCUUCUCAAAGAGGAGGAGAGGGAUCUUCAAAAAAGCUGAGGAGCUAUCUGUUCUGUGUGAAUCUGAGGUGGCAGUUGUCAUCUUUUCUGCUACUGGCAAGCUUUUUGAUUAUUCAAGCUCAAGUACAAAGAAUGUUGUUGAAAGGUAUAAAGCGCACACAAAUGGUGUCGAAAAAUCGGACGAACCGUCUGUUGAGCUGCAGCUAGAAAUUGAAAACCAGAUCAGAUUGAACAAGGAACUUGCGGAGAAGAGCCGCCAGCUGAGGCAGAUGAGAGGAGAGGAUCUUGAAGAGCUGAAUAUUGAUGAGUUGCAGAAGUUAGAACAACUGGUGGACGCAAGCCUUGGCCGUGUGAUUGAAACUAAGGGAGCUGAGCUGGUAGAAGCCAACAACCAGCUACGGCAGAGGAUGGUGAUGUUAUCCAGAGGAAAUAUUGGACCUGGGCUUACGGAGCCGGAGAGGUUCAUUAAUAAUAUUGGAGAUGGAGGAGAAGAAGGCAUGUCAUCUGAAUCUGCCACAAAUGCAACCAUCAGCAGCUGCAGCAGUGGUCUCAGUCUCUCUCUUGAAGAUGACUGCUCAGACGUCACUUUAGCUCUCAAACUGGGGCUUCCCUAAUUUCUAUGGUUAAGAAAUGGUGAAAGAUGAAAGUUUACUCUCCUUAUAGCUAACCCUAAUUUCCAUGGUUAAGAAGUGGAGAAAGAUGAAAGUUUACUCUCUUUAUAGCUAAAUAAAAUUGAGGUAUUGUAAGAUAUCAGUGAUUGUGUGUCUUAACUCGAUACAAGAUUAAAAAAUAUUGAAGGGAGAGUAACUUUGUGUUGUAUCUAAACCUAUGUAUUGCAUGCAGCCUAACAUAUUUCUCUAUGACUCAAGUAUUAUAUUUAGAACUU